AUGGGUGUUUCGGAAUCCUUUACAAUUCCAAAACAAGCGGGAGAAUCGGUGAGAGCUUCUGGUGGUGGCAAAGUAAGUGAUGGUGGGAAUGAUCACGAAGAAAAACCAAAGUCUAAUGAUCUGAAGGAUAAUGUAGCUUUGACAUCAAGAGGAAAAGAGAAAAUGGCUGAAGAACGAGAGAAGGCAGUUCGUGAAGUUGAAGAAACUUUAAAGCCUCAGAAAAAUAUUUUCCCUUUAUGGUCAAUGGAACGCAUCCUGAAUGAAGCUAUUGAUAACCCAAAAAUUUAUUGGCUAGAACCUGUUGGAUCGUUUGAAUUGGAGAAUUCUCUAGAUUCACAGCUUGAUCUGCCAACCACACUGAAGGCCUUUCAGUUUCGUAGCUUUGACAAGAUUGUGAACGCUUCUAUUCCAGACCAUGACAUUGAUCAAGUACUUUUCUGGUUCUAUCUCAAGCAUAUGAAGCCACAAUACAAAACCUGGACCUUAAAGAAUAUUACUGCUGUCAAGGUUUUUGGACCAAUUGAAACUGAGAUCUUCAUCAAUGCUCGUUUCAAGGUUGCUCGUUGGGUUGCGAUUUCAAUGUUACAUAUUGCUCUUGUUGAUUUGCCCUGCCUUAACCCAUUUGAUUGGAUUCUUGGUGGCAUCUAUUGCUGA